AUGUGUGGCAUCAUCAUAUCUGCCCCCAUUCCGAAUUGGGCCUCCUACCCAGAUCCCCAUCAUGAACCCAAAUAUCCGUUUCUCCUCUUUCCUGCUGAUUCAUUUCAAUCGGUCCCAGUGCCAGUCUACGUUGUACUCAAGGAGCUAUUUGCAAAGUCUUCCGUAACAAAUAGACCGCGCCUCACCAAGCAAGGGGCCUAG